CACACUGCGGGAUCUCUCUCGCAGGUAGUUUAAAAAUGGCGUCCGACAGGUAGACGUUUCCGCGGCUGCACGCGCUGCUGCCAGGCACGGAAAACGCGCGAACGAAAUCCACCGCCACCCGUGGUGUGUCCCCGGUGCGUGUUCCGUUCGAUUUUUUUUCAUCUCGCGACUUUCACGACACGUCGUCGUGAACGUGUGUGUUGCGGCGCAACAUUGCGCUUGUUCUCGCGGGGAUAUGCGACAAAAAUACCACGUAAAUUCACGCGGACAGGCGCGAGACGCGAUGUGAAUGAAUGAGAAUCGCCGUUGCACACGUCGUGUGCCGAGUCCUCGAGUCCUCGCCGUCGUCGUCGUCGUCGUCGUCGUCGUCCUCCUCUUCCUCCUUCAUUAUCGUCAUAAUUGUUGUCGUCGCUCGUUACAUUCCACUGGCGCGAUCACACGAGCGCGAAGGGGAACGAGAGAGAAGAACAAAAGAGUCGCCGCGUGUCGAGUCUUGCAUACGUAAAUAUACCUGCAAAACUUACAAACACAUAACAAUGGAACACGCAGAGUUAGUGGCGGAAAUGGUACAUGUGGAAAGACUUACAACACAAGAACGAUUGCAUUUGGCACGUCAUCGCAGACUUCAACAGCUGAAAGUAUGGAGGCAACGUGAGAAGGAAUGGUUAAGGCAUCAGACCAGACACACAAGUAAUAAACGUCACAUAUAUUUUAGUGAUAGUGUUAUGUUGUUGGAAGCUGCUGCAAGAAAUGACAUUGAUGAAGUAUUAAAAAUCUUUUCAGUGAGACGACUCUUGAAAAAAGGUGUGAAUCCAGACUCGACAAAUGAAGACGGCCUAACGGCAUUACAUCAGUGUUGUAUAGACGACAAUGAGGAAAUGAUGAAGCUACUUAUUGAAUUUGGUGCUAAUGUCAAUGCGGAAGACAGCGAAAAAUGGACACCACUGCAUGCUGCCGCUACAUGCGGUCAUUUACAUUUAGUCAAGUAUCUUAUUGCUAGGGGUGCUAAUUUAUUGGCUGUUAAUGCCGAUGGCAAUAUGCCAUAUGAUAUCUGUGAACAUGAAAAAACAUUGGACUGCAUUGAAGGGGAAAUGGCGAGGCGAGGAGUUACUCAAGAAUUAAUAGAUGAGACAAGAGCUUCGACUGAGGUUCAAAUGUUGCAGGAUUUACAAAAGAUCGCCUCUUUAGGAGGUGAUCUUGAAUACAAGGACCAUCAAGGUGCUACACCUCUUCAUAUUGCAGCCGCCAAUGGCUACUUAAGAGUUGUUGAAUUCCUUCUCGACCAACACGUGUCAACCGAUGUCGAGGACAAUGAUAAGUGGCAGCCGGUUCAUGCGGCUGCGUGUUGGGGACAUUUGGAAGUGCUUGAAUUGUUGGUGCAAAAUGGAGCAGAUCUGAACGCGAAGAAUAAACACGACGAAACUCCUGCAGACAUAUGUGAAGAUCCGGAAAUCAGGGAAAGAAUAGUGGAAUUAAAAACGGAGCAAGAGAGUAAACGUCUUCGUGAGGCGCAAGGACGAAGAGUACGUAGGUCACAAAGCAUAAACACGCGGACGCAGAGUGUACGGCGUACGUCAAUUCGAGACAAAGUUCUUACCACAAAGAAAGAUGCUCAAGAAGAGGCUCGGUUGAGAUUACAAGCGCAACAGACUUAUGUUAACGCUCCUACACCUAGUAUUCCGCCAAUGGAGAACAAUACGCAAAGUGUAGGGACUCAUGAGACUGAUUCUAGUGCAUUGACAGCAGUGAGAAAAGGUCCCGAAGGAAAAGACAACGAGUCUUUCCUUCACGAAGAUGUUGAUAAAGAUUCAGUUUUCUAUGUCACUUUCCUAUUUCUUUAAAGCGCCACACAUCUCAUGGAUUUGUACGGAUUGCAUUUAAUUAUGUUUAUUGUAUCAUACACACAAAUACACACACACACACACACAGUACACAACUAUACACGUUGUUCACUCACACAUACAUGAGAUAUCUGUCUUGUGUGCUGUACAGACACGGGACACGUUUUCUCUCUUUGAACAAGUUUCCUCAUGCACACAUCUCGCUUUAACAUCUGUUUGACAAACACCUAUGUAAGUGACACUUCGGCUUCCUUAGCGUAUUUUUGUGGAUCGUGCAUUAGCUCGUUCUGGCCAAAAUAUAAGCGCAAAUAAUCUUAAAUAUUCAAUACCAUAGGGAGAUUGUUUUUUUUUUUUGUUUUCUUCACACACAUAAAGUUUAUAAUUAAUUUGAACGAAUCACAUACUCGCUAGCAGGACACAAUGAAUAGACAAGUAUCGUUCUACUCUCUUUAUACAUACAUUGUACUUAAUGUGCAAGUUUUUGUUUUUCAUAGAGCAAGUACAUAUUUUUAGAAGACUGUGUUACUGUUUGUAAAGUUUUGCCGAAACAACGCGCUCUCGAAUGAACGAGCGCGAAUUUUGAAGCCUAAAAGCAUGAGCCUAAAAAGUUGAUCACACACAGUCUCUUACCAAUUUUUAUACAUAUAUAUAUGUAUAUAUAAUCUCGUACAAUAUUCUACACUUUGUAUUAAGACUCAUAGCGAGUUCUCUAAGGAGAGUAUACAGUGAAUGCUUUUGAUCGACUUUAUUAUCAUAUACUCGAGUAUAUAACACAAGUGACGAUUACAUUUUCCUCCAUUAUUGAAGUAGUCUUGAAGUAGUCAAUUCGAAAAAAAAAACUAAGAGAACAUAUCAGGUAUAUAGAAUUAAAAAAAAAAAAAAAACAAAAAAAACAAAAAAAUUACUAGUGAUUAUAGUUAGAACCAACGGAUCUUUGUAAUAACGUACGUUUCCUAGUCGACAAUUCUCUAGACGAAGUGUUCCGAACGUAUAUAUUCGUUUUUUAUUCGAUGAUAGAUUAUAUUGUUACUAAGGAAAUAAUAAUAAUAAUAAUAAUAGUAAUAGUAAUAAUAAUAAUAAUAAUAAUAAUGCGCAAGUACAAUUAGACAGAUCGUAUAGCUUUUAAAAAAAAAAACUUCGGAGAAACUCUAUUGUUUGUGUAAGACACUGUAAGAUGAAGACAACAUUUGUAAUCGUCGGAACAUCCAGUUUCUUGUACCAAACGUGUGUUUAUCAUAAAUUUCUCUUUGUCUUUUUUUAUAUAUAUAUAUAUGUAUAUACAUAUAUAUAUUCGUUGAGUUUGCUUGCGUAAAACGCAACCGCCAACUGUCAUCUAGCGAUACACAUACUUGUGUAUUAUAUCGCCGAUGUGCAUUACAAUGUGAUCCUUCUUUCUUGGCGCAAUGUUUUUUUUUUAUGGAAACGCUUUGAUCGCUGAGAGCAUGUCAAGGCUUGGCGCAUGAGACUCAUAGUUGACACCCUCGUUUUUUUUUAAUUGUAAUCAGUGCAUAGGGAUAGAAAGUGGGCUUAAGGUGGAGGGGCGGAAAAGUGAUGACAAUUGCGUCGAUCAAAAAAAAAAGCAUCGGCACACUUGACGAUGGGGGAAAUAGCACAUUGGAUUUACGUGUUUGCCUGACAGCAGUGACAGGGCCUGACCCACCGGUCGGCAGCCAGCAGACGUCGUCACCGAUUUAUGCCGCAGAUACCGACAGCAACGGCGGCAAGAUCAACA